CAACUCGCAAUAAAGCUAGAGGCUAAGGCUAAAAACCCCAAAACCGAAAAGCAAGCCACUGCACACAAGCUAUAAUCAAUCCCCAAGUCCAUUUUCAAGGGAAAAAAGUACACAAAAGUUAGGCAUUUUGCAAAGAUUUUCAAGAUUCUUCUUUCUCUAUCUCUCUUUCUCUCCCUCUCUCUCUCUCUCUCUCUCUCUCUCUCUCUCUCUCUUCUCAUAAUCUUAUCCGCUUUCACUUUUUUGACAUUAUAGAUUAGACCAGCUUUUUCAUUUUGAAAGUGAAAACUACCCAUUUGGUUUUUUUCCCCAUCUGUUAAUUAUGGCUUUCUUGGGUGUAUUACGAGUGUAAUCCGAGUUUUUUUUUUUUGGCUUAAAUGAGUUACCAAGUUUGGGUUGUUCCUGGUGAUGUGGAUUUGUAUGGGUGAUGUGGAUUUGUAUGGGUGAUAGAUUUAUCAAGAUUGAUGGACACAAACACUGGUGUUUGGGUUCUGGUGUGGAUGAUCCUGGUGGUGCCUCCUUUUUCAAGGAUCUCUGCAAAUAUGGAAGGUUCUUACUGGCUUCUUCUUAUUUUAUGUGAUGCUUUGCAUAACCUCCGGACAAAUUUACAAGAUCCUAACAAUGUCCUGCAGAGCUGGGAUCCUACCCUUGUUAAUCCCUGUACAUGGUUUCAUGUUACAUGUAACUAUGAAAAUAGUGUUAUUAGAGUUGACCUUGGAAAUGCAGCACUAUCUGGCCAAUUGGUCCCACAGCUUGGCCAGCUUAAGAAUUUACAGUACUUGGAACUCUAUGGCAACAAUAUAAGUGGACCAAUUCCUAGUGAUCUUGGGAAUCUAACAAACUUGGUGAGCUUGGAUCUUUACAUGAAUGGUUUCACUGGUCCUAUUCCGGACACAUUGGGCAAACUGACGAAACUGCGUUUCCUUCGACUCAACAACAAUAGCCUGUCAGGUUCAAUACCAUUGUCCUUGAUUAAUAUCACUACACUGCAAGUCUUGGACUUGUCAAACAAUCGUCUAUCAGGACCUGUACCAGAUAACGGAUCCUUUUCACUAUUUACACCCAUCAGCUUUGCAAAUAACUUGGAUCUAUGUGGGCCGGUUACUGGAAAGCCUUGCCCUGGAUCUCCACCAUUUUCUCCGCCACCUCCAUUUGUUCCAACAUAUACAGCUCCUUAUCCUGGAGAAAGUAGCCCCACUGGAGCGAUUGCUGGGGGAGUGGCUGUUGGUGCUGCUUUAUUGUUUGCUGCUCCUGCUAUUUGGUUUGCGUACUGGAAGCGAAGGAAGCUACCAGAGCUUUUCUUUGAUGUACCUGGUGAGGAGGACCCUGACGUUCACUUGGGACAGCUUAAAAGGUUUUCUUUGCGAGAACUGCAGGUGGCAACUGAUAGUUUUAGCAACAAGAACAUUCUGGGCAGGGGUGGAUUUGGUAAGGUGUAUAAGGGGCGCUUGGCUGAUGGCACUUUGGUGGCUGUAAAAAGACUUAAAGAGGAGCGGACUCCAGGUGGGGAAUUGCAGUUUCAAACAGAAGUGGAAAUGAUCAGCAUGGCUGUGCAUCGAAAUCUCCUCCGACUGCGUGGUUUUUGCAUGACGCCUACUGAACGGCUGCUUGUUUAUCCAUACAUGGCUAAUGGCAGUGUCGCAUCAUGUCUCAGAGAACGCCCGCCAUUAGAAGCCCCUCUUGAUUGGCCGACAAGGAAGAGAAUUGCAUUGGGGUCUGCAAGAGGGCUUUCUUAUUUACAUGAUCAUUGUGAUCCAAAGAUUAUUCACCGUGAUGUAAAAGCUGCAAAUAUAUUGUUGGAUGAGGAGUUUGAGGCUGUUGUUGGUGAUUUUGGGUUGGCUAAACUAAUGGACUACAAAGAUACCCAUGUUACAACUGCUGUACGUGGGACCAUCGGACAUAUUGCUCCAGAGUAUCUCUCUACUGGAAAGUCAUCAGAGAAGACUGAUGUUUUUGGUUAUGGCAUCAUGCUUUUAGAGCUGAUCACAGGGCAGAGAGCUUUUGAUCUUGCAAGGCUUGCAAAUGAUGAUGAUGUUAUGCUGCUUGAUUGGGUUAAAGCCCUUCUGAAAGAGAAGAAGUUGGAGAUGCUGGUUGAUCCAGACCUGCAGAAAAAUUAUGUUGACACUGAGGUAGAGCAGCUAAUACAAGUAGCAUUGCUAUGCACCCAAAGCUCCCCGAUGGAGCGGCCUAAGAUGUCGGAGGUUGUGAGAAUGCUUGAAGGUGAUGGACUAGCAGAAAAAUGGGAGGAGUGGCAAAAGGUAGAAGUGGUCCGACAACAGGUUGAUUUAGCCCCAUCCCGGAGCUCCGAAUGGAUCCUUGACUCGACUGAGAACCUCCAUGCCGUAGAAUUGUCUGGUCCGAGAUGAUGCUACUUUAUAGUAGAUAUCAAAAAGAAAAAGAAAAAAAAAUUUCGUUUACUCUUUUUCAUCUUUGAAUAUCAUUUCUUUUUUUCCUGCACACUUUGUUGUCAGCUAAUGCCAAUGUAGUGCCUGUUGGAACGUAAAUUACAAUUUUUGUAUAUCAAUAUACCUCCUACUAGCUGUUGCCCUA